UUUCCCAAACGCGUCUUUUGGGAUACAAAACUGAAACCAAAACCUCUUUCCUAUAGCAUUUUCAAAAUGGUCCGAGUUUGUAUUCCUGCUUUUCACUUCCGAAUAGCGUGAGUCGCCUGUCUGAACCAUGAGAAAAUCUCAAACCCAAGCCACCACUCUCAUUGCUUACUAUUCUUCUCUCGGUUUCCUUAAACCCUAAUUCUUAUCAGGCAAUGUGUCAAAGGGGUUUAAGGAUUUUGCUCUCUAACUCACUUCCAAUGACAACCCACUUCUUUGCUUCUAAACCUUUCAAAAUUUCAACCAUCAGUAGAUUCAUCUGCACCUCUUCUUCCGAGGAUAAUCUCCACGGUUUGGUCGAUUCCGAUUUCAGUGUCCCCGAAAGUUCGCGGGUGGAAUCCUUUUUGGCCGAGGAGUUUGCAUUCUUGCGGGAUUCUUUGUUGGAAACUGGUUCUGACACUGGCGCUUCAGUGAAUAAAUCGGUAUCUGGUAGGUGUUCUAAUGAUGCGGUUUUGAUUUCGGAUGUUAUUAGGAAUACUGGUGAUGGGUUUGGGCACAAAACCCAGAAGUUUCUUAGGCAAUUUAGGGAGAAAUUGAAUGAAACUUUGGUGGUUGAUGUGUUGAGUCUUGUGAAAAACCCUGAAUUGGGUGUUAAAUUCUUUAUCUGGGCAGGCAGGCAGAUUGGGUAUGGUCACACGGGGCCUGUUUAUCAUGCCUUAUUGGAGGUAUUGGGUUGUGGGGGCAAUGAUAGAGUACCGGAACAAUUUCUCCGAGAAAUUAGAGAUGAAGAUAAGGAAAUACUUGGGAAGUUGCUUAAUGUUUUGAUUCGGAAGUGUUGCCGAAAUGGACUGUGGAAUGUGGCACUGGAGGAGUUGGGGAGGCUUAAGGACUUAGGAUACAAGCCCUCAAGAUUGACUUAUAAUGCUUUGGUUAGAGUUUUUCUAGAGGCAGAUAGGUUGGACACAGCUUAUUUGGUUCAUAGAGAAAUGUCUGAUUCUGGUUUUAAUAUGGAUGGGUAUACACUGGGUUGCUUUGUGCAUUUGCUGUGCAAAGCAGGCAGGUGGAGGGAGGCGCUUGCACUGAUUGAGAAGGAAGAAUUUAAACUUGAUACAGUGAUUUAUACACAGAUGAUAUCUGGGUUGUGUGAAGCUUCGCUUUUUGAAGAAGCUAUGGAUUUCCUGAGUAGGAUGCGGUCUAGUUCUUGCAUUCCUAAUGUUGUCACUUAUAGGAUUUUGCUUUGUGGGUGUUUGAGAAAAAGACAGCUCGGUAGGUGUAAGAGGAUUCUUAGUAUGAUGAUUACAGAAGGUUGUUAUCCAAGUCGUAGAAUAUUUAAUUCUCUUAUUCAUGCCUAUUGCAGAUCGGGAGACUACUCUUAUGCCUAUAAGUUGCUCAAGAAAAUGGGAGAUUGUGGCUGCCAGCCAGGUUAUGUGGUUUAUAAUAUACUAAUUGGUGGUAUUUGUGGCAAUGAGAAGUUACCUAGCUUGGAUGUGUUAGAAUUGGCUGAAAAAGCUUAUGGUGAAAUGCUUGAUGCUCACGUUGUAUUAAACAAGGUCAAUGUCAGCAAUUUGGCACGGUGUCUCUGUGGGGCUGGAAAGUUUGAGAAAGCAUAUAGCAUUAUUCGUGAAAUGAUGAGUAAGGGUUUCAUACCUGACACCAGCACGUACUCAAAAGUGAUUGGUUUACUUUGUAAUGCGUCCAAGGUAGACAACGCUUUCCUAUUGUUUGAAGAAAUGAAAAGUAAUCAUGUUGUUCCAGAUGUCUUUACAUAUACAAUUUUAAUUGAUAGCUUUUGUAAAGUGGGCCUUCUUCAACAGGCUCGUAAAUGGUUUGAUGAAAUGGUAAGGGAUGGUUGUGCCCCUAAUGUGGUGACUUAUACUGCCCUUAUACAUGCUUACCUUAAGGCAAGGAAGAUGUCCAGUGCAAAUGAGCUCUUUGAGAUGAUGCUAUCUGAAGGUUGCAUUCCAAAUGUUGUCACGUAUACUGCCCUGAUUGAUGGUCACUGUAAAUCUGGGCAAAUUGAAAAAGCUUGCCAGAUUUAUGCAAGAAUGAGGGGAAAUGCAGAUAUUCCGGAUGUGGACAUGUACUUCAAGAUUGAUGAUGGCAACAUCAGAGAUCCAAACAUUUUUACUUAUGGAGCUCUGGUGGAUGGUUUGUGCAAAGCACACAAGGUUAAAGAAGCACGUGAUUUAUUGGAUGUCAUGUCAGUGGAAGGUUGUGAGCCAAAUCAUAUUGUUUAUGAUGCUCUUAUCGAUGGGUUUUGCAAGGUUGGAAAAUUAGAUGAAGCACAAAUGGUUUUUACCAAGAUGUCAGAACGUGGGUAUGGUCCAAAUGUGUAUACUUAUAGCUCUCUUAUUGAUCGGUUGUUUAAAGAUAAACGGUUGGAUCUCGCUUUAAAAGUCUUGUCCAGAAUGCUAGAAAAUUCUUGUGCUCCCAAUGUUAUUAUCUAUACGGAGAUGAUUGAUGGCCUCUGUAAAGUUGGGAAGACAGAUGAGGCUUAUAGGCUUAUGUCGAUGAUGGAAGAAAAGGGGUGUCAUCCAAAUGUUGUGACUUAUACUGCAAUGAUAGAUGGAUUUGGAAAGGCCGGUAAAGUUGACAAAUGUCUUGAGCUCAUGAGACAAAUGGGUGCCAAGGGUUGUGCUCCAAAUUUUGUCACCUACAGGGUUUUGAUAAACCAUUGUUGUGCUGCUGGCCUUUUGGAUGAUGCUCACCAACUUUUGGAUGAGAUGAAACAGACAUAUUGGCCUAAACAUAUGGCAGGCUAUCGUAAGGUCAUUGAAGGUUUCAACAGAGAGUUCAUAAUCUCUCUUGGCCUUCUAGAUGAGAUAGCUGAGAAUGUUGCAGUGCCAAUAAUUCCAGCCUAUAGAAUUCUGAUUGAUAGCUUCUGCAAGGCGGGGAGGCUGGAAUUGGCUCUAGAGCUGCAUAAAGAGAUGUCGUCAUGUACAUCUUAUUCAGCUGCAGACAAGGAUUUGUACUCUUCUUUAAUUGAGAGCCUCUCCCUUGCAAGUAAGGUUGAUAAGGCUUUUGAGUUGUAUGCUGACAUGAUAAAGAGGGGUGGUAUUCCAGAGCUAAGCAUUUUUUUCUACCUCGUGAAGGGGCUCAUUAGAAUUAACAGGUGGGAAGAGGCACUUCAACUUUCAGAUUGCAUAUGUCAAAUGGAUAUCCAUUGGCUUCAAGUUGAAGAGACAUCUCUCAAGGGAGAGGAGUUUGGUAAAGUUCCUGUCCCUUGAAUGAGUAUGUUGGUUGAGAAUCCUCUGUGCACCCAUUUGAAAACAUCAACUGAUGAUUAACAACUCUGUCAGUUGUAAAGUGAGAGUAAUCACUGGACGGCUUUGAAUCACCGUCUGGAAAGACUACAAACCAAGAAAAACUACAGCCAGUGGAUUGCUGGAUUGAAGAAAUGAAAAUUUGUGAUUUGAUCACACAAUAUAAAUACUGGUGGGUGCAGCUAGAAUCCUGGAACUGUUUUUCUAUUGGGGCAUGCUGAUGUUGCAAUUAGGAGCAUCUCACAAAUCCAAGCAAUGAAAUCCACAAUUUUUUGUGAAUACAGUCAGUGAGAUGGUAAUGAAAUGGAGAAAUUACCAAGUAAUAUGUUUUUAAUGUUGUAUUGUUUGAUUUUUUUUACUUUCCUGCACCUUCUUUUUAAGCAGGUAAGCUUGUUUGAAUUUUCCAGAUGUUUUUUUUUUUCCUUCUUUUCUCUUUUAGUUUAAAAUAAAGGUUGGGGCCUAAGCAUGUAAGCAAGAGACACCGUUUGAAUCAGCAAGGACCAGAUUCCCAUCCUUCUGCUCAGUAACUCUAGACAGCAAGACUUAUCUGCCUUAUGGUUCCUUUUAUUAGCAAGGAAUUCAGCACAGAACUUUUACUUCCUUAGCUCAUAUUAAACCUAUUCCUGAAGGUGUAUCUCUAUGCAAUUGAGGAUGAGGUACUCUUUAUGAGUGAUGAUAUCCCAUCUCUGGAGUAUUGACUGCAGUCCCAGUAUCUGUCUCACUGAUGGAAUUUCUUAUGCCUCUGCUCCAAGCAAAAAGAAGAGUUGAUGAGCAGUGUAAAUUUCUGUCACUCUGUUUGUGCAAAAGCAAUUGUCAAAGGAUUCCACCAGCCCAACUCUUCAGUGGGCUCCCAGCCGAAUUUCCAUCUCUAUUAAGGUUAACUCCAUCUAAGCAGAGGACUGGAUCAGCCUAUAAGUCUUGGUUUUUGAUAUGCAAUCCUGCAGCUGGGUGGUUGGAAGAUUUGAUAAAGCUCUAGAUGGUUGACUUUGUAAGAGAAGGAUUUCUUGGUAGCAGCCAUGAUUAUGAGUUCCUAAACUGGCAAGACUUCUUCAAUGCUAUUAUUCUGAUUGCUAUAUUCCUUUUUAUUUUUUAUUUCUGUGCCCCAUGAUAAUGCUUUCCCAUCUAUGCAGCCUCCAAUCCUACAGAGAAUGGUCAAUAUAUGAAUUCCACAUCUGAGGGUUUGUCCAAAUAAUGGACAUGAGUGUGGUCAAGAAUGGCAUGCUGCCUAAAAUUGUUUUGAUAAUGGCUGUAAAGCUUCCUCCCUUGAAAAGUAAAUCAUUGUUUUGCUGGGUAUCAGGCCUUACCUCAGGACUUUGUGCUCGACCACUUGGGCUUCGUACUACCUAUGGGGUCAGUCUGCAGCAACUGGGCAUGCAGUAGCAGAACAGAAAUUGGAAAUAGCAGGGACGAGGCCAGUGACAACAAAGGCAAAGAUAACAAAGUAAGCUCUCGCUCACAUAAAACUUAAAACCAUGUAACUGUAUUGAAGAUGGCUCUUUGGGGUAAAGCAUAUGGAAACCACCAGUAUAAAAAGCAGCAGCAUUGGAUGUUCUAACUUGUGAGAAUUAUUUGUUGGAAUAAGCAUAUGGAACCCUGAUGUUGUCUAUGUCUACACAAUGAGGGAAUUGGAUGAAUAAAAUGGGAAUUUGGUGAAUUUUUGUUGAGCUUGUAGUUUAUAUGAAUUCACCUGGUGUUAGGGAAUUAAUGUUGUAUUCUAUUGCCUUAA